CUAUUAAUUUUUUUUAAGGGUGCAAAGUGCUAAAAUACUAUAGUUGAAGGGUGUAAGUGGGAUUAAGGUAUUAAGCCAAUAAAUUUGUGACUCCCGCCGGGUCGUGACUCGGAAUCCUAGUCCCAUUCAAAUAGUAACUACUUCCCUAGACAGAGUGGGAGGAGUGGCGAAGCAGAAAAGCCUUUUGAUUAGGGCUAUUUUCAUCAUUCCAUAAUCACACGCCGCUCUCAAAUCUCUUCUUCUUCAAUGGCGGUUUUUCAUUAGCAUGAUGGGGGAAACAGUACUCUGAGUUCAUCCAACUCGUUCAUUGUAUAUUUGUAUUCACUAUUUUAUUGAUUAUCGUCUUUACACACAAAAGUACGUACAUUGAGGCAGAAACCGUAACGUUGCCGGAAUAACAAUCGAUUAAAAUUUAUUUUCUGGCGGUUUGUAUUUCUUAUUGGCUGCGUGUAAUGAGAUGCGAAGGUUCUGAGAUUCGUUUUGAUGGGAAUGUGAUUGGAUUGUUGAUGGUAGCGACUGUGUUUUAUUGUUGAUUUUUUUUGCAGAAAGGAUUGUUGAUUGAAUACUAGUUUUGGGAGAUUGGGGUGAUUUUGCGGAUCGAAUGGCGCCGGAGAGCCGUCGGGGGAGAAAACGGAAGAGAAAUAACGUGCAAAAUGCGACGGAUUGCAAUGGCAGAAAUAAGGUAGUGGUGACUAGGGCAUUGAAAUUAGUAGGCCGUUAUGUGCAGAGAGAGUUUAAGGGCAGUGGGAUUUUAUUGGGAAAGAUUGUGCUUUAUGGUUCAGGUUCUUAUGGGAUAAACUAUGAGAAUGGGCAUCACGAGAGUUUGAACUGUGGCAAAGUGAAGGAGAUCCUUGUUGAUGAUGGUGAUUUAACUGGUGAAUGGUCUGAGAAGAAAGAGAAAUUGGAUGAACUGUUAUUAAGUAAUGAUGUGGAUGUCGAGGUUUUGAAGAUUGAAAACAGAUUCGAUGCGAAAGAUGCCAAUCGUGUUGAUUCGUCACCUUUGAGUGAAAUGAUCGACGGUGAUGCUGAUUCUUCGGGUGAUUCAUGUGAGGAUAUUCGAGGCGGUGAUGUGGUGGAAUUGGAAUUGCCACCUGUUCCACCACUGGAAUUGCCUCCUUCUUCUGGGCAUAUUGGUGUUCCGGAGGAGUAUGUUUCCCACCUUCUGUCUGUAUAUGGCUUCUUGCGUUCGUUUAGUGUAACGCUGUUUCUACACCCAUUUGGAUUAGAUGAUUUUGUGGGGGCGCUCAAUUGCCCUGUUGCGAAUACAUUGUUGGACUCUGUUCAUGUUGCUCUAAUGCGUGUGCUAAAGCGACAUCUCGAGAGGCUCUCGUCAGAUGGUUCUGAACUUGCAUCAAAAUGCCUGAGGUGUCUGGAUUGGACCUUGCUUGAUACAUUAACUUGGCCGGUUUUCUUGGUUCACUACCUAAUGUUGAUGGGUUAUAAAAAGGAACAUGACUGGAAAGGAUUUUAUAUCCAUUCUUUGGAGAGAGAUUAUUACACGUUAUCAGCUGGUCAGAAGUUAAUAGUUUUGCAGAUCAUAUGCGAAGAUGUUCUGGAUUCUGAAGAGCUAAGAACAGUAAUGGAUAUGCAUGAACAAUCAGAAGUAGGAACAGACAUAGAUGCAAGUACAAUGGUUGCAGCGGGGGCAAGUGAACCGAGAAUUGCAGAACAUAGUGAGAUAAAGUGUUCUCUUGGUAGUCAUUCUACGAUGGAGUCUCAAGUUGGGAGUUUCACUGAUGACGAUGGUAAUGGUGAUGAAUGCCGCCUUUGUGGGAUGGAUGGAUUGCUGGUUUGUUGUGAUGGAUGUCCUUCAGCUUACCACUCAAGAUGCUUAGGAUUGAACAAGAUGCUUAUGCCCGAUGGUUCAUGGUAUUGUCCCGAAUGUAAAAUAAAUGCAACUGAACCCAGAGUUUUGAGAGGAACGUCUCUGAGGGGAGGACAGGUUUUAGGCGUGGAUCUGUACGAACAAGUUUUUGUUGCCUCUUGUGACCAUUUACUUGUACUGAAGGCCUCUAUUAACUCUGGAGAUUGUGUUAGAUACUACAGCAGGCACGACAUUCGUGGAGUGGUCCGUACUCUCCACUCGAAAGUUGAGCAUGUUACUACGUAUUCAGAAAUAUGCAGAGGAAUAAAUAAGUAUUGGGAAAUACCCCUAGACAUCUUACCCUGCAAUGAGAUGCCUGAAGUUGGUUUGCAGUUAGCAAACAAAGAGGAAUUUGGUGAAUGUACUACCCCAGUUAAAUACAAUGGUAUUGUGAAUGGAAGUUAUUGCUCGUACAUGGGAUCUUCCUUCAAAACAUCUGGUUACAUAAAUUACUACUUGCAUGGAGAUUUCUCUGUAUCUGCUGCUACUAAUUUAGCACUUCUUUCAUCCGAAGAAAAUCAAGUUAGCGAGUCUCGCUCUUCAGAUAACAAAGGGAAAGUUAAAUGUGCCAGUGUUGCACUUCAGGUAAAAGCUUUCUCAUCAGCCGCUGUGCGAUUUUUCUGGCCCAAUACAGAGAAGAAGCUCGUUGAAGUCCCGAGGGAAAGAUGUAGCUGGUGUUUCUCUUGUAAGGCUCAUGCAACAAACAAGAAAGGAUGCUUGUUAAAUGCAGCUGCUUCAAAUGCGAUCAGAGGUGCUAUGAAAGUAUUUGCCGGUGUUCGUACUGCAAAGAAUGGGGAUGGGAGAAUUUCAGGAAUUGCAACAUACAUUAUAUUUGUGCAGGAGAGUUUAAGUGGAUUGCUUGUUGGUCCAUUCGUCAAUGAUAAUUUUAGGAAACAAUGGCGCAAAGAAGUUGAACAGGCCACCACUUGCCAUGCAUUGAAGAUCCUUUUGCUUGAACUUGAGGAGAAUAUACGUAGCAUUGCCCUUUCUGGAGAUUGGACAAAGCUUCUAGAAGGGUGCUCUACUAAAUCUUGCUCUUCUCAGAUUGCAGCAAGUGCUUCUAAAUCAAAUCAGAAACGCAGACCAGGCAGACGUGGCAGAAAACCUUCUACUGUGCAUGAAGUUGAGGUUGUUGGUCGCAAAGAUAUGUUAACUGACUUCACCUGGUGGCGAGGAGGUACAGUGUCGAGGCUUAUGUUCCAAAGAGGGAAUCUUCCAUCUUCACUUGUUAAAAAAUCAGCCCGCCAAGGUGGUUUGAAAAAGAUACCCGGUAUACAUUACACUGAAGGAAACGAGAUUCCCAAAAUCAGCAGGCAGCUUUGCUGGCGUUCCACAGUUGAAAUGAGUAGGAAUACGGCACAACUUGCACUUCAGGUCAGAUACCUUGAUUUUCAUGUGAGGUGGAGCGAUCUUGUUCGUCCUGAGCAGAACAACUGUGAUGGAAAAACCUCCGAGACAGAAGCUUCUGCUUUUAGAAAUGCUUGUAUUUGUGAUAAGAAAGUAGUGGGACAUGAAAUUAGAUACUGUGUUGCCUUUGGUAAUCAGAAGCACCUGCCCUCUCGUGUGAUGAAAAAUAUAGCAGAAAUCGAGCAAAUGAUGGAAGGGAAGGAAAGAUACUGGUUUUCAGAGACAUGCAUCCCUUUGUAUCUAAUUAAAGAAUAUGAACCAAAAAUGCAUACAAACAAUCCUGUGAAUGUGUUGACCAAACUUCAGAGGAGAAAGUUCAAGGGUAAUAACCGUAAAAAUAUAUUAUCUUAUCUCUUCUGCGGGCAACAUAGCAUGGUUUGUUGUUCAUGUCAUCAAGAUGUAUUCUCUAGGAAUGCUGUCAAGUGCAGAGUAUGCCAAGGUACUGCGACGAUAAACCAUAUACUUGCAUCCACAUGAAACGCGUCCGAACUACCACUUUGCCUGUUAUACUUUCAAAAUUGAAAUUUUAUAAUACUAGAAGAAAUUAACUAUCAAUAUUAGAAUAAAGUAUCCCGGUGCAAAUUAAAUUCGUAGUUAUCUUAAAGCACAAAAGCUAAUUCAUUAUAAAUAUAUUUUUUCUAUUUGCCAGAAUUCUGUCAUGAGCAAUGUGCUACUAGUACAGCUGUCAAUACAAGCGAGGAAGUUGAAAUCACCUGCAAGAAAUGCUGUGAGACUCAGAA